AUGGGCCGGCCGCGCCUGACCGGCCGCUGCUUCCCCCCCGAUGCCCCCGGAGCCCUCGCCGCCCCGCCGCCGCUGCUCCCCCCGCCGGGGCGAAGGAGGCUGCUGCUGCUGCUCGCCAUGCUGGCCGUGUGGCUCUGCCUGGUCUACUCGUGCGCCGCCGCGCCGGGGCUGCUGCGGCUGCCGGCCUCCUCGGCCCCCGCCCGGAGGCCGCCCGCCGCCCCGCCGCCGCCGCCGCCCCCCUCGCUGCUGCUCCGCCGGCCGCCCCCCGACGCCCCCCGGGGCCAGCUGAGCCCGGAGCAGGACGACGACGACGAGGAGGCGGGGGCCGAGGACGACGCCCCCGGGGCCCUCUCCAGCUUCCUCAACGGCGCCGGCACCAAGCGCCUGCCCCAGGCCCUCAUCAUCGGCGUGAAGAAGGGCGGCACCCGCGCCCUGCUCGAGUUCCUGCGCGUCCACCCCGACGUGCGCGCCGUGGGCGCCGAGCCCCACUUCUUCGACCGCAACUACGGCCGGGGGCUCGCCUGGUACAGAGAUUUGAUGCCACGAACACUCGAUGGGCAGAUCACUAUGGAGAAAACUCCCAGCUACUUUGUCACCAAGGAAGCACCUGCUCGCAUCUCUGCCAUGUCGAAAGGCACUAAGCUCAUUGUGGUGGUGAGAGACCCAGUUACCAGAGCCAUCUCUGACUACACACAAACUCUGUCCAAGAAGCCCGACAUUCCCACCUUCGAGAGCCUGACCUUCAAAAACAGGACUACGGGCCUCAUUGAUACCACCUGGAGUGCCAUCCAGAUUGGCAUUUAUGCCAAGCAUCUGGAAAACUGGCUCCUCUAUUUCCCUAUUGGGCAGAUUCUCUUUGUCAGUGGGGAAAGGCUAAUCAGUGACCCUGCUGGCGAGUUAGGCCGGGUCCAGGACUUUUUGGGUCUCAAAAGGAUCAUCACAGAUAAACACUUCUACUUCAACAAGACCAAGGGCUUCCCAUGCCUAAAAAAGGCAGAAGGCAGUAGCAAGCCUCAUUGCCUGGGCAAAACGAAAGGGCGGACUCAUCCUAACAUUGACCAGAAGGUGGUCCAGAGGCUACGAGAGUUCUACAGGCCUUUCAACAUGAAGUUCUACCAGAUGACUGGACAGGACUUUGGCUGGGAUUAAUAGUUAAUGUGGAAGCGCUUUUCCAGAGUUAAUCCAGUCGUUCAGCUUGCUUCUCCCUAUAUAUGUAGAUAGGUCUAUAUGUAAAAUGUACAGAAAUCUAUUUUAUAAUAAUUUAUUUUUAAUUCUUAAGCAAUUAAUUCACUAAGCUGCCUAACCACACUGUAGCCCAUAGCUGUGUUUGAACAUUCCACAGUGUCGAAUCUUGACUGUGCUCUUGCUCUUUGGUUGCCUGGUUCAGUUUGUUAACGGGAAAGUGCUUCCGUGUAUUUUCCUAGCAGAGAUUUAAUAUUUUUUUAAGAAUGCAGGUGGGUAAAGAAGAAUUGAUUUUU